UGUGAGGGCUGGGGAGAAUGGUGGGUGGCGGCGCGGUGUUGGCAGAUAUCACACACACACACACAGUGAGCAGCAAGCACCGCGUGUAGUCGGCAGGGAGACACAGCAGCCCUCGCCCUUCAUACUUGUGUGUGAGAGUGGUGUGACGCGCCGCGCUGUCUGCAAUACGUGACCUGUGCAUGUGUCGCCAGGAUCUCACCAACUGUAAGGAGCAAAGAUGACAACCACCACCAUCACCACCUCGGCCCCGCCCCUGCAGGCGCUGAGUGAGGCAGCCGCCUCAGGCUGGCUGCUGCAGUGGGCAGGUGUGGUGGGCUUUGUGGCAGUAAGAGCUUCUGGCAGCCACUCCCAGGGGCGGUGUGGGGCGCAGCGCGAUGUCACACGUGAUACGCCCACCCGCCCAUCACCACACACGUCCAGGAGCGCCUCCAGGACGCACGACUCGUGCAACAACGCAGUUCCUGGACAGCGAGCAGCCAAGGAAGGCAGAGCCAAGCCCCGGGGCGGCGGCAGAGUGGGAGGCGUGACGCUGAGGUGCGAGGAGACAGUCCCUUGGGGCGCUGCCGCCACACAGCUCCAGCCCGCAGGUCCAAAGGGCAGGAUUACUCAGGAGGAGUCUCCCACGCAGUCCCAGUGGAGCAGGGCACAGGUGCCGGCUUGGUGUGUUCCCGCCGCUCUGGACAGUGCCACGGUGAGGCUCAACGUGGAGCGCUGCGCCUCCUACCUUAGGUCACACCUGCCGCCCCUGCUGCUGGAGGCCGUGCUGGACACCGCCUGGAGGGCAGUGUCGGAGGAGGUGACACUCGGGGGACGCGAGGCCAGUGUGCCUGACCACCAGGUGGGGGAGUGGGCGCGGCGAGCCCCAGUGCUACUGGGCCUCUCCGACUGCCUUUCCGGGGCCAGGUAUCCGCUGGAUCUGACGGGGCUGCCCCACGAAGCGCUGCGGGAUGCCCUGGCCUACGUGGAGAGGUACUUUGCCGUGGAGCGACUUAGCGCGUUGGCGCUGACCAAGAGGAAGGCGUCGCGGGGCGGCGCGGGGAGCCUGGUGGAGGGCGCGGUGCUGGGGCGGCUGCUGCACCGGGCCAGCCUGGUGAGCCUCUCCCUCAACCUGAAUCUGGUGGAGGGCAGCGUGCUGAAGGAGGUGUCGCGGCUGUCUCUGCAGGAGCUGGACGUGUGUGGCGGCAGGCACAGCGAGGAGCAGGUGCUGCAGGAGUUGUGCGGGUUGCCCUUCAGUGCAGCGGACCAAGUGGUGGAGGCGCUGCGCGGCGGCCGCCUGGAGACGUUGCCUGUCACUCCUCUGAGGAAAUCGUUGCGCAGACUGAACGUAUCACUGCCGGGUCUGCCCGCCGCCCUGUACCAGACGCUGCUCGCCGUGUUCCCCGGCCUUCACCACUACACCCCGUCCUGCGGCGCCGCAGCAUGCGUACGAGGCUACGCUCGGAUGGCUGGGCCGUCGGGCGCUGCGACCCCACUCUGUCUGCUGAGCCUCAAUCUGGGCCGUGCCUCCACACACGACGUCUUAGAGGCGGCGCGGGUGUGCCCCGCCCUUAGAGACGUAUCACUGUCCAUCGAGCUGGACAGUGAAGACACGCUGCGCUCAUUGCAGGCGUGUGGGCGUCUGUCAGGCGUGCAGCUGUCUUACUUCCCGUCUUCUGUGUCCGCCCCGCCCAAAGUGGAGGGACGCCUUCUGCUGCCGCUACUAAACGCCCUCGGCCCGCAGUUACUCAGCCUGGGCCUGACGGGAUUCAGCGUGCGGGGCGGCGUGAUGGCGGCGCUGGCCGGCCUGCCGGAACUGCGGCGCCUAUCGUUGACAGACUGUUGGCUGGCGCACCCUGAUGCAGCGCCCUGCCACGCCUUUCCCGGCCUGGAGAGUCUUCUUCUCAACUUCCUGCCACCGCUGGACACUCUGCGGCUGCUGACGGCGGGAUCGUGCCUGCAGGCCGUGGACGUCAGCGUGGUGGCUUCAGAGGCACGGGGAAGCGGGCUGACGGACGGCAGCGUGCAGCAGCUGGUGUCUUCCGGUGCCCUCACCUCCAUCCUCAGCUUCUGCUCGUCCUCGCCUUUCCUCACCCUGGCCUCGCUGCGCCACCUGGCUGCCCUGCCGCACCUCAGGAGUGUGGGCAGUCUGGCUCGCUGGGGCCUCACCAGAGAGGAGUUGGGCUGCGUGGGACACUCGGGGCCUGCACACCUCCUGUGCCGCCCGUGACCGGCGCCUCCUCGUGCCACUCUCGGGUGUUUCGGCGCGCCACGCCGCAGCGCAGCGUGCGGCCUGCAGCGUGGCGGCGAAUGCUCCCUCCGCUCAGCCUGUGAUACAAUUGCACUGCCGCCGCAGUUUGCUUAGUUUAGGAACUCUACAGGAAUAGUUUUGAUAUGUAAGGUUGACGCACAAGAGAACGCUGCUAUUUUUAUGUACCAGUCUUAGUGAUAAGUCUUACUAGUAAGGUUACUCUUUACCAUGAUGGGUGGGCGGUGCCGCCCAGCCACACCACGGCAAGUCCCAGUGGGCGCGGCGCCUUCCCACGCGUUGCAGUGGCGGUCUGUCAUCAUUAAACCUGCCGCCAA